UCUCUGUGAGAGCCCCAUGUAACCCGGGAACCUCACCAAGUAGCUCCAUAAUAGAGGAGCUUCACAUUGUUGAUUCUAUUGAUUCUAUUCACAUUCACGUUCAAUACAGAUUGAUAUCAACGCAUUAACGAACGGGCUCAUUGGUGAGAAGUGUACUACAAUAGCAACACGACACUAUGGCUGCCAAGAAAGAAAAAGCCGCGACCGAUGACGAGCUCAAGAAGAUGUUCGAGGGGCUGGAGGGAGAGGACCUGCCUGCCACCACGACCAAGGCUGAUGCGUCCAAGAUGAAGAAGCCUGCCCGCGCCCAGACCGCUGAGGACAUAGAGGCUGAGCUCGCCGAGCUGGAGAAUCUGGGUAAGCCACAGCCCGAUGCCAGGCCACGAGUCGCAACGCCCGUUGGCAGAACCAGCUCUCCCACCAAGCGCACGUCGGUGGGCAGUCCGCUGCCGCAAACAUCAACACGAUCGAGCGAGGAUAAGAGGAAGUCGGGCGAAAGCGCCAGGUCAUACCACACGAGCUUCACGCCCUCGGCGACAAGCAGCGAGCUCCAGGAGGCCGAGAAGAAGUCACGAAUCGCCGAGCCGGCUGCUGAGCCAGUUGCUGCUAGUGGUGGAUGGUGGGGUGGUAUUCUGGCCACGGCCAGCGCUGCAGUGAAGACGGCCGAGGCGGCAGUGAAGGAGAUCCAGCAGAAUGAGGAGGCUAAGCGCUGGGCCGAGCAGGUCAAGGGCAACGUGGGCGCACUACGAGGACUUGGUGGUGAGCUGAGCUCCCGAGCCCUUCCAACAUUUACCAACAUCCUACACACCAUCGCCCCGCCCAUCUCGUCGCACGAGCGUCUUCAAAUCCACAUCACACACGACUUCAUCGGCUACCCCUCCCUCGACCCCCUCAUCUACAACACCUUCUCGCGCGUCAUGGCACAAGUUGAGGGAGGCGACCUUCUCGUCAUCCAGCGUGGCCACGAGUCCUCCACCCGACGCACCUCCGACGCAGCAUACACAGGUGGUCGCACGGGCUGGUACGAUGGCCCCUGGUGGCGCCAGGGCAAUGAGCACCGCGAUCUCGGUGCUGUCCCUGGGUUGGUUGAGGGCACCAAGCUCGUCCGUGUCAGUGCUGAGGCCUACGCGACCGAGUUCUUUGCCUCGCACGGUGGUCUUGAGUUGGCCGUCCGCCGCGCCACCGAGCAGCUCAGCGAGUCCAACCCCGUCCGCAGCAGCGACAUCUUCCUCGCCGUGCAGGCCAUCUCGCACGAGGCGCAGGAAGAUAUGUUCCAGGGACCUGCAAAGGAUGAGAAGGCUGAUGCCGUCGCCGAGGAGGAGAAGCCGGAUAACUUGAUCUCAUUUGCGGUUUACCUGCACGACCCGGUGCACGGGAUUACGUUUGCUGCUGUGUCGCAGACCGUGCCAGCAAAGUGGAUCGCCUGGCUCGAUGCGCCGUCGCCGAUGACACCUGCAUCGCCGUCUUCGCCGUCUGCAGAGCAGCAGUCCUUCUCGCAGGACAAGUAUAGCCCCCACAUGCCUCGCGAGAUUGCAGAGAUCAUUGAGUCGGGCGGCGUGGAUCCGCGCGAAUGGGUAGCCGAGUGGGUAGAGGAGGUGAUCAGCCUGGCCGUGGGCAUUGUGGCGCAGCGGUACGUGGCUCGCCGGAUGGGGGUUGGUGAGGGUGGCAUUGGGAGGGGAAAGGCGCGAGCAGAGGAGGUGAUGGCGGAUGGAGGGGGUGAGGCGGCUAGGGCGGGCCUGAUUUAAUGAGUCGUGAUUAUGGGGAUUGAGUAUAGGGAUUGACAGGUGGAGGAGAUCUGGGUCGGAGUUUGGGAGGAUGUGCUGGAUGCUUCUGAUGCGUCUGUUGGUUGAGUUCUUGUGAGAUAGUAGGCUGGGUCUGUCGAGUUAUAUAUCACACGGAUUGUUUGCAAGUUGCAAUUUGUUUCUGGUGGUGUGUAUGCAGUGAUAUCAAUACGGCGUGGUCUGUAAAUUGUGUCUUUUGUUCAUUUGUAGUGCUCUGAUGUCUAUUUUGAAGUCUAUUCUCAAGAGCAAUGUUAAUUAAGAGCGUGAGUGUGAAAGGGCUUAUGUUUAUAAAGUAGGUAUCCACGAUCAAUUCUUUGAUAUCGGAAUCUUGCUGGCAUUUUACUUAUAUACGCAGCAUACACUCGAUCAACCCGCGUUGAUGCA